AUGAUAAAACAGCCUUUUACUCAGUGGAUAAUGAAUGAUAAACAUGAGCAGGGUGUUGUACUAGUAAUUGGUCAAAAAGUGGCUAAGACUCUGAUUGGAUGGAAUCCAGUUAAUGAUCGAAUCAUAACUGUAUGCUUUCAUUCUACUUGCACCAAGACGACUGUUGUGCAGGUCUGUGCACCAGUUGAAGAUUCAAACAGUGAGGACAGGGAUGCUUUUUAUGAUCAGUUGCAUGAUGUCUUUGAUGAAAUACCCUGUCAUGAUCAUAAAGUUGUUCUAGCUAAUAUGACUGCAUUACUUGGCAAUAAUGGUGAUUGCUUUCAGCAUGUUGUUGGGCCCUUUGUGAUAGUACAGUGCACAAAUGAUAAUGUUGCAUGUCUCAGAUUAUUCUAUAACCUUAUUGGAGUCUGCACAGGCAAUAGUUACUUUCAGUAUAAAAUGAUACAUAAGAAGAUAUAG